GACGUGCAUUCUCACUUCAGUGCGGGGAGGCUGCCUGUGGGUGCCCGUCUGUGGGGAGGAGACAGAGAGCGAGCAACGUGAGGACAAGACCAGCCACCGAGGCGCAGGGAGGGAGCCGGCCCAGCUCAGCCAUGGGCCGGCCGCGGCCCGUGCUGCUUCUGCCAGCACUGCUGCUGCUGCUGGCCACAGGCGCCCGGGCAGAAGAUGAAGUGCUGGAAAAUGUCAGCCCGAGCUGUCCAAAAGAUGCAACUCGAUUCAAGCACCUCAGGCAGUACGUGUACAACUACGAAGCCGAGAGUUCCAGCGGGGUCCCCGCAGCACCUGGCUCCAGGAGCGUCACCAAGAUCAACUGCAAGGUCGAGCUGGAGGUUCCCCAACUCUGCAGCUUCAUCCUGAAGACAAGCCAGUGCACCCUGAGGGAGGUGCAUGGCUUCAACCCUGAGGGCAAGGCCUUGCUGAAGAAGGCCAAGAACUCAGAGGCGUUUGCUGAGGCUAUGUCUAAGUACGAGCUCAGGCUGGCCAUGCCUGAAGGGAAACGAGUCGUACUUUACCCGGAGAAGGAGGAGCCUAAACACAUCCUGAACAUCAAGAGAGGCAUCAUUUCUGCCCUCCUGGUUCCCCUGGAAACGGAAGAGGCCAAACAAGUGCUGUUUCUGGAUACUGUGUAUGGAAACUGUUCCAGUGACUUUACGGUAAAAACAAGGAAGGGGAACGUGGCAACAGAAAUAUCCAUUGAAAGAAAGCUGGAGAAGUGUGAUCACUUCGAGCCCAUUCGCACAGGGGUGAGCCCACUGGCUCUGAUCAAAGGCAUGACCCACCCAUUGUCAAAUCAGAUCAGCAGCAGCCAGUCCUGCCAGUAUACCCUGGACCCCAGGAAGAAGCAUGUGUCAGAAGCCAUCUGCAGGGAAGAACACCUGUUCCUGCCUUUCUUCCACAAGAACAACUAUGGGAUGAUGGCACAGGUUACACAGACUUUGAAACUUGAAGACACACCUAAGAUCAACAGCCGCUUCUUUGAUGAAGGGUCUGAGGAGGCGGGUCUCGCCUUUGAGAGCACCAAAUCCAUGGCACCGCCCCAGGAGGCCGAGGCCAUGGUGAAGACCCUCCAGGAGCUACAGAAACUGCACAUCUCCGAGAAGAACACCCAGAGAGCUAACCUCUUCAAUAAGCUGGUGACUGAGCUGCGGGGCCUCGACAGUGCGGCAGUCACAUCCCUCUUGCCCAGGCUGAUCGAGGUGUCCAGCCCCAUCACUCUGCAAGCUUUGAUUCAGUGCGGACAGCCCCAGUGUUACACUUACAUCCUCCAGUGGCUGAAAAGUGAGAAAGCCAACCCACUUCUGAUAGAUAUCGUAACCUACCUGCUGGCCCUGAUCCCAGAGCCCUCGGCCCAGCGGCUGCAAGAGAUCUUUAACACAGCGAAGGAGGAGCAGAGCCGGGCCACUUUCUAUGCUCUGAGUCACGUGAUCAACAACUAUCAUAAGGCACACCCCACAGCAACUCAAGACCUGCUGGACAUUGUUGAUUACCUGUCGGAGCAGAUUGGCAAUGACUGCACUGGAAAUGAAGAUCACACCUACUUGAUUCUGAGGGUCAUUGGAAAUAUUGGUGAAACCGUGGAGCAGCUAACCCCAACACUCACAUCUUCCCUCUUGAAAUGUAUCAGAAGUACAGAGCCAUCACUCCUGAUUCAGAAGGCUGCCAUCCAAGCCCUGCGGAAAAUGCAAAAUAAAGAUGAGGUCCGGGAAGUCCUUCUUCAGACUUUCCUGGAUGCUGCUGCUCCAGGGGAUAAGCGACUGGCUGCCUAUCUCAUGCUGAUGAGGAGCCCUUCCCAGUCAGAUAUUAGCAAAAUCAUCCAACUUCUCCCAGGAGAACAGAAUCAGCAAGUGAAGAACUUUGUGGCUUCCCACAUUGCCAACAUUUUAAACUCAGAAGAAUUGUAUGUCCAGAAUUUGAAAGAGUUAGUGAAAGGAGCUCUGGAAAACUCUCAACUUCCAACUCUCAUGGACUUCAAAACAUUUUCCCGGAACUACCACUUUUCCAAAUCUGUUUCUCUCCCAUCACUUGACCCCAUCUCAGCCAAAAUUGAAGGCAAUCUUAUAUUUGAUCCAAAUAAUUACCUGCCUAAAGAAAGCAUGCUGAAAACUACUCUUACCGUCUUUGGAUUUGCUUCAACCGACCUCUUCGAGCUUGGUUUGGAAGGAAAAGGGUUUGAGCCAACAUUGGAAGCUUUCUUUGGGAAGCAAGGAUUUUUCCCAGACAGUGUCAACAAGGCUUUGUACUGGGUUGAUGGUCAAGUUCCUGAUCAUGUCUCCAAGGUCUUGGUGGACCACUUUGGCUACAGCAAAGAUGAUCAAUAUGAGCAGGACAUGGUCAAUGGAAUUAUGCUCAAUGCUGAGAAGCUGAUCAAAGAUCUGAAAACCAAAGAAUUCCCAGAAGCCAGAGCCUACCUCCGCAUCCUAGGAGAGGAGCUUGGCUUUGUCAGGCUCCAUGACCUCCGGCUCCUGGGAAGGCUGCUCCUGAAUGGUGUCCGUACUCUGACGGGGAUCCCCCAGAUGAUUGCAGAGGCCAUAAAGAAAGGUUCAAUGAAUGACUUGUAUCUUCACUACAUCUUCAUGGACAAUGCCUUCGAACUCCCCACCGGCCUUGGCUUACAACUGCAGGUGUCUUCCUCUGGAAUCAUCACUCCCGGGAUGAAGACUGGGAUGAAAGUGGAAAGAGACAAUAAAAUACAGACGGAACUGGUGGCAAAGCCCUCUGUGUCUGUGGAGUUUGUGACAAAUAUGGGCAUCGUCAUUCCACACUUUGCUAAGAACGGUGUCCAAAUGAACAUGAACUUCUUCCAUGAGACAGGCCUGACAGCACGAAUCGCCCCAGGUCCUGGGCGUCUGAAGUUCAUCAUUGAAGCUCCAAAGAGGCCAGUCAAACUGUUCAGCAUCAGUAACACAUUGCAUUUGGUCUCUACUACCAAAACACAAGUGAUUCCAUCUCUAAUGGAGAACAGGGAGUCCCGGUCAACCUGCAAGCCUUUCAUCACUGGUCUCAACUAUUGCACUACGAGCACUUACUCCAACGCCAGUUUCUACUAUCCUCUGAUCGGAGACACCAGCAUCUCUAUGUAUGAACUAGAACUGAAGCCAACAGGAGAAGUAGAGCAGUAUUCUGCCAGUGCAAUCUACAAUCUCCAGGAAGAUGGUGAAGCCUGGGUGGACACGCUGAAGUUUGUAAUUCAGGCAGAAGGUGUAAAGCAGACCGAGGCCUCUAUGACAUUCAGAUAUAACCGGCAGACUAUGACUUUGUCCAGUGAAAUGCAAAUUCCAGAUGUUGACAUUGACCUUGGGGCAGUCUUCAGAGUUAGUAAUGAAUCUGCUGGUGAAGAAACAUCUUAUAAACUCACUCUGGACAUUCAGAACAAGAAAAUCACAGAGGUCACUUUUACCGGCCAGAUAAGUUGUGACAAGACGGAAAAAGGCAAAAUCAAAGGUGUUAUUUCCAUACCCCGUUUGCAAGCAGAAGCCAGAAGUGAAACCAUUGCCCAGUGGUCUCCCACAACACUCCUCCUCCAGAUGGACUCAUCUGCUACAGCUUACGGCUCGGGGAUUUCCCAGAAGUUGGCCUGGCGAUACGAUGAAGACAAGAUUGAAUUUGAAUGGAAAACAGGCACCAACGUGGAUACCGAAAAAGUGGCUUCCAAUUUCCCCAUGGAUCUCUCUGAUUAUCCUAAAAGCUUGCACAUGUAUGCCAAUAGUCUCUUGGAUCACAGAGUUCCUCAAACAGACGUGACUUUCCGGCACAUGGGUUCCAAAUUAAUAGCUACAACAAACACAUGGCUCCAGGAGGCAUCCAUGAGUCUUCCUUAUGCCCAGAAUUUGCAGCAUUACCUCAGUGGCCUAAAAGAGUUGAACCUCCAGAAGAUGGGACUGCCAGACUUCCACAUCCCAGAAAACCUCUUCUUGAAAAGUGAUGGCCAGGUCAGAUACACCUUGAACAAGAACAAUGUGAAAAUUAAUAUCCCUUUGCCUUUUGGUGGCAAAUCCUCCAAAGAUCUAAAGAUGGCAGAGACUAUUCGGACACCAGUCAUCAGCUUGCAAUUUUUGGGAUUGUACCUGCCAUCUCAAGAGUUCCCGGUCCCCACUUUUACCAUUCCUAUAGUUUAUGAACUGCGGGUGCCUCACUUGGGUGUUCUAGACCUCUCCACAAAUAUCUACAGCAACUUUUACAACUGGUCCGCCUCCUACACUGGUGGCAACACCAGCACAGACCACUUGAGCCUUCAGGCUCGGUACCACAUGAAGGCUGACUCUGUGGUUGACCUGUUGUCCUACAGUGUGCAAGGAUCUGGAGAAGCAACAUAUGACCACAGGAAUACAUUCACGUUAUCAUGUGAUGGAUCUCUACACCACAAAUUUCUGGAUUCAAAGGUCAAAUUCAGUCAUGUAGAAAAGAUUAGAAACAAUCCAGCCUCUAAAGGUUUGCUAACAUUCGAUGCAUCUAGUGCCUGGGGACCAGAGAUGUCUGCUUCAGUACACUUGGACUCAAAAAAGAAAGAGCAUUUGUAUAUCAAAGAAGUCAAGAUUGAUGGGCAGUUCCGAGUCUCUUCCAUCUACGCAAAAGGUGCAUAUGGCCUGUCUUAUCAAAUGGAUCCUACCACUGGCCAGCGCAGCGGAGAGUCCAGUCUAAGGUUUAACUCCACCUUCCUCCAGGGCACCAACCAGAUAACAGCAAGUUAUGAAGAUGGAACUGUCUCCCUCAUCUCCAUCUCAGAUCUGCAAGAUGGCAUUAUUAAAAAUACUGCUUCCCUGAAAUAUCAGAACUACGAGCUGACUCUGAAAUCUGACACCAAUGGGCAGUAUGAGGACUUUGCCACUUCUAACAAAGUAGACAUGACCUUCUCUAAGGAAAAUGCAUUGCUACGUUCUGAGUACCAGGCUGAUUACAAGACAUUGAGGUUCUUCACCCUGCUUUCUGGAUCACUGAAUUCCCGUGGGCUUGAAAUAAAUGCUGACGUCUUGGGCACUGACAAAAGCAAUACUGGUGCCCACAAAGCAACACUAAGGAUUUCCCAAGACGGAAUGUCUACCAGUGCAACGACCAACUUGAAGUAUAGUCCCCUGAUGUUGGAGAAUGAGCUGAAUGCAGCCCUGGGACUCUCUGGGGCAUCUGUGAAGUUAACAACAAAUGGCCGCUUCAGGGAACACCACACAAAAUUCAGUCUCGAUGGAAAAGCUACCCUCACAGAGGUGUCACUGGGAAGUGUUUAUCAGGCCAUGAUGCUGGGUGUCGACAGCAAAAAUAUUUUCAACUUCAAAAUUAACCAGGAGGGACUUAAGCUUUCAAAUGACAUGAUGGGCUCAUAUGCUGAAAUGAAACUUGACUACACAAACAGUCUGAACAUUGCAGGGUUCUCGCUAGAUUUCUCCUCAAAACUGGACAAUAUUUAUAGUUCUGACAAGUUUUACAAGCAAAUUUUUAAUUUCCAGCUACAGCCCUAUGCUCUUGUAACUACCUUAAACAACGAGCUGAAAUUCAAUGCCCUGGAUCUGACCAACCAUGGGAAACUACAGCUAGAACCCCUGAAGCUGAAUGUGGGUGGGAACAUAAAAGGAGCCUACCAAAAUAAUGAAGUAAAGCACAUCUACACCGUUUCUUAUGCAGACUUGUCGGCAAGUUACAAAGCAGACACUGUAGCCAAAGUACAGGACACAGAGCUGAGCCAUGGGCUCAGCAUGAACAUUGCUGGGCUGGCUUCGGCCAUUGACAUCAAUACCAACUACAAUUCGGACUCACUGCGUUUCAGCAAUGUUUUCCAUUCUGCAAUGACCCCUUUUACCAUGACCAUCGAUGUGCAUACAAACGGAAACGGGAAACUGGUUCUCUGGGGCGAACACAAGGGGCAACUGUACAGCAAAUUCCUCUUGAAAGCAGAACCUCUGGCCCUAACGUUCUCUCAUGACUACAAAGGAUCCGCGAGUCACCAUCUCAGGACCGGAAGGAGCAUCAGUACCGCACUUGAUCACAAAGUCAGUGCCUUGUUCACCCCAGCUGAGCAGAAGAGCACCUGGAGACUCAAGACCCAGCUGAACAAAAAUGAAUACAGUCAUGAGUUUGAUGCUUACAAUACAAAAGACAAAGUCGGUGUGGAGCUUACUGGGCGAGCCCUGGCUGACCUCACCGUGCUAGACUCCCCAGUUGAAAUGCCAUUUUUAUUCAGGGAUCCUGUCAAUGUAAUUGAUGUCUUGGAGAUGAGGGAUACUAUUGACCAGCCCCAGGAAUUCACUGUGGUUGCCUCUGUAAAAUAUGAUAAGAAUGAAGAUGUUCACACCAUCAACCUCCCAUUCCUUAACCUCCUGCCAGAACAUUUUGAGAAGAGUCGAAAAAUAAUUAUAACUUCACUGGAAGCCAUACAGAAAGAAUUGAAACGUGUCAAUAUUGAUGAAUUUGUGAAGAAAUACAGAGCAACCUUAGACAAACUCUCACAGCAAGUUAAUGACCAGCUGAAUGAAGUCAGUUGGGAGAAACAAGUUUCAAGCGCCAAGGAGAAACUAGCUGCUUUUACAGAAAAUUAUGGAAUUACAGAAAAUGAUCUAAAAAUUGCAUUGGACAAUGCCCAAAUCAAUUUUAAUGAAAAACUGUCUCAACUACAAACAUAUGUGAUACAAUUUGAUCAGUAUAUUAAAGAUAAUUAUGAUUUGCAUGAUUUUAAGACAGCUAUGGCUAAGAUUAUUGAUCAAAUCAUUGAAAAAUUGAAAAUUCUUGAUGAACAUUAUCAUAUUCGUGUAAAUUUAGUAAAAACAAUCCAUGAUCUGUGUUUGUUUAUUGAAAAGAUUGAUUUUAACAAAACUGGAAGUAGUGCAGAAUCUUGGAUUCAAAAUGUGGAUACUAAGUAUCAAAUCAGAAUCCAGGUACAGGAAAAACUGCAACAACUCAAGACACAAAUUCAUAAUAUUGACUUCCAGCACCUUGCAGAAAAGUUAAAACAACACGUUGAAGCUAUUGAUGUCAGAGUGCUUUUAGAUCAACUGAAAACUAAAAUUACAUUUCAAAAAAUAAAACAAAUGAUUAAGCAUGUCAAACACUAUGUUAAAAAUUUCAUUGAAGAUUUUGAAGUAACUGAGAAAUUGAAUUCUUUUAGAGCCAAGGUUCACAAGUUAAUUAAGAUGUAUGAAAUAGACCGACACAUCCAGGUGCUAAUGGAUAAGUCAGUACAGUUGGCCCAUAAAUAUAAGGUGAAGGAGACUGUUCAGAAGCUGAGCAAUGUCCUACAGCAAGUUGGAAUAAAAGAUCACUUUGAGAAACUGGUUGGGUUUAUUGAUGAUACUGUCACACAGCUUAAAGCAUUGUCUUUCAAAAAAUUCAUUGAAGAAGUAAACAGAUUCCUUGACAUGUUGAUAAAGAAAUUAAGGUCAUUUAAUUACCACCAGUUUGUAGAUAAAACCAAUAACAAAAUCCGUGAGGUGACUCAGAGAAUCAAUGGUGAAAUCCAGGCUCUGGAACUUCCACAGAAAGCAAGGGCACUGAAACUGUUUGUAGAGGACAUCAACGCUGUGGUCUCAGAUCACCUGGAAAAUAUAAAAGGCACCAACAUAACCUUAUUCAUUCAUUGGUUACAGGAGGCUUUAAAUUCAAAAUCUUUAAAUUACAUGAAAGCCAAAUUCCAAGAGACCCUAGAAGGUAUACGAGACCGAAUGUAUCAAAUGAACUUUCAACAGACAGUUCAGCGAUUCCUGUUCCUGGUAGGCCAAGGUUACAGCACAAUUGUUACUUCCAUUUCUGACUGGUGGAAUCUUGUCGCUAAAAGCCUUACUGACUUUGCAGAACAGCAUUCUAUCCAAGGCUGGGCUGAACGCCUGAAAGCAUUGGUAGAACAAGGGUUCACUGUUCCUGAAAUCCAGACCACCUUUGGGACAAUGCCUGCGUUUGAAGUCAGUCUCCGUGCCCUUCAGGAAGCUACAUAUCAGACCCCUGACUUCAUAGUCCCCCUGACAGAUUUGAAGAUUCCAUCCAUUCAGAUAAACUUUAAGAAGUUAGGAGAUAUACAAGUCCCAAGCAAGUUUUCCACGCCAGAAUUUACUGUCCUCAACACUUUCCACAUUCCCUCCUUUACAAUUGAUUUGGUAGAAAUAAAAGCAAAGAUCAUCCAAGCCAUUGACCAAGUGCUGCACAGCGAGCUGCACUGGCCAGUUCCAGAAGUGCACCUGAGGGAUCUGAAGGGGAUGGACACUAUUCUUGCUAGAAUCACUUUGCCAGACUUCCAUGUUCCAGAAAUCACAAUUCCAGAAUUUGUAAUCCCAAACCUGGACCUCAAAGAUUUUCAAGUUCCUGACCUUCACAUACCAGAUUUCCAGCUUCCCAACAUCUCACACACAAUCACAUUGCCUACUUUUGGCAAGCUCCAUAGCGUUUUGAAAAUCCAGUCUCCCCUUUUCACAUUAGAUGCGAACGCUGACGUUCAGAACGUAACGACAUCAGUGAACGAGGCAGGGAUUAUGGCUUCCGUCACUGCCAAAGGAGACUCCAAAUUAGAAAUUCUCAAAUUCGAUUUUCAGGCAAAUGCACAACUUUCAUACCCUGAGGUUAAUCCACUCAUUCUGAAGGAAUCCGUGAGUUUCUCCAGCAAGUACCUGAAAACAGAGCAUAAGAGCGAAUUGCUAUUUUUGGAAAAUGCUAUUGAGGGAAAAUCAAACACAGUGGCAGGUUUACACACAGAAAAAAAUACACUGGAGCUCAGUAAUGGUGUCCUCGUCAAGAUAAAAAAUCAGCUUACCCUGGACAGCAACACAAAGUACUUCCACAAAUUGAACAUCCCCAAACUGGACUUCUCCAGUCAGGCCGACCUGCACAAUGAAAUCAAGACCCUGUUUGAAGCUCGACACAUACAAUGGACUUCUUCUGGGAAGGGAUCAUGGAAAUGGGCCUGCCCCACAUUCUCAGAUGAGGGAACACAUGCAUCACAAAUUAGCUUCGCUGUGAAAGGACCCCUCACGUCCUUCGAGUUGUCUAAUAAGAUCAACAGCAAACACCUGAGAGUAAACCAAACCUUGGAUUAUGAAUCCAGCUUCCUCGACCUUUACCAGCUGGAAAUUCAGUCACAAGUUGAAUCCCAGCAUGUGGGCCACAGUGUUCUCACUGCUAAAGGCACAGCCCAGCUUAGAGAGAGGAAAGUAGAAGUAACUGGCAACCAUGAUGCUCAUUUGCAUGGAACAGUUAGUGGAACUUUGAAGAAUUCUCUCUUCUUUUCAGCACAGCCAUUUGAGAUUACUGCAUCCACAAACAAUGAAGGAAAUCUGAAAGUUAGUUUUCCAUUGAAAUUGACAGGGAAAAUAGACUUCCUGAAUAAUUAUGCACUGUUUCUGAGUCCAAAUGCCCAACAAGCAAGUUGGCAAGCCAGUGCCAGGUUCAAUCAGUAUAAAUACAAUCAAAAUUUCUCUGCUUCAAACAAUGAGAACAGUACUGAGGUCCAUGUAGGAAUAAAUGGAGAAGCCAAUCUGAAUUUCCUAAACAUUCCUUUAACAAUUCCUGAAACAACUCUACCUUACACAAGACUCACAAUUCCUCAUGUGAAAGAUUUCUCUAUAUGGGAAAAAACAGGUCUGAAAGAAUUCUUGAAAACAACAAAGCAAUCAUUUGACUUAAGUGUAAAAGCUCAGUAUAUGAAAAACAAAGACAAACAUUCCAUACCAAUUCCUUUGAAUGUAUUUAUCAAUAACAUCAAUUCCUUCAACAAGCGUUUACAGAAAGCCAGGGACAAGGCAUUAAAUUGCUUUACCAGUUUCUAUAAUAAUGCAAAAAUUAAGUUUGAUAAGUACAAAGCUGAAAAAUCUCUGAACAAGCAACCGAGGACCUUUCAGAUUCCUGGAUAUACUAUUCCAGUAGUCAACGCUGAAAUAUCUCCAUUCACUGUAGAGAUGUUGCCAUUUGGCUAUGUGAUCCCAAAAGAGAUCAGCCUCCCCAAUGUCACCAUUCCAGAUUCUGGCUUCUAUGUGCCCUCACAAAAAUUAAUCCUAGAUAUGCCAGACCUUAAUGUCCCUAGAAAUUUUCUUGAGCUUUCUCUUCCAGAAUUCAAGGUAUUAAGUAUCCCAGACAAUAUUUUAAUUCCAGCCAUGGGUAACAUUACCUAUGAUUUUUCCUUUAAAUCAAGUGUCAUCACCCUGAAUACCAAUGUUGGACUUUACAACCGAUCAGAUAUUGUUGCUCAUUUCCUUACUUAUGCUUCUUCUGUCUUUGAUGUGCUGCAGUACAAAUUAGAGGGCACCUCAAGUUUGACCAGGAGACGGGGGUUGAAGCUAGCCACAGCUCUGUCUCUGAGCAACAAAUUUGUGCAAGGCAAUCACAACAGCACCAUUAGCUUAACCAGGAAAACCACGGAAGCUUCGAUGACAACAACAGCCAAAGUCCAAAGUCCAAUUUUGAGAAUGGAUUUCAAGCAAGAACUUAAUGGCAAUACCAAGUCAAAUCCUACUGUCUCUUCAUCUAUUGAAUUAAAGUAUGAUUUCAAUUCUACCAAGCUGUCCUCUACUGCCACAGGGACCGUUGACCACAAGUUCAGAUUAGAAAGCCUCACUUCUUACUUUUCCAUUGAGUCAUCUAACAAAGGAAAUAUCAAAGGUUCAGUUCUUUUACAGGAAUAUUCAGGAAUGAUCGCCAGUGAGGCCAACACUUACUUAAAUUCCAAGGGUUCUCGGUCUUCAAUGAAGCUACAAGGAGCUUCCAAAGUUGAUGGUAUCUGGAACCUUGAAGUAAAAGAAAGUUUUGCUGGAGAAGCCACUCUUGAACGCAUAUAUGCCAUCUGGGAACACAAUACCAAAAACCACUUACAACUAGUGGGCCCCUUUUCGACAGCUGGAGAGCAGACAGGCAAAGCCACUCUGGAACUCUCCCCAUGGAAAAUGUUGGCCCUUGUUCAGGUCAGUGCAAGUCAGCCCAGUUCCUUCCUUGAUCUUGAUUACGUCGGCCAGGAAAUAUCCCUGAAUGUUAACACGAAGAACCAGAAGGUUAGCUGGAAAAGUGGGAUCAGGGUUCUCUCUGGGUCUCUCCAGAAUGAGGUACAGCUUUCCAAUGACCAAGAAGAGGCACGCCUUGACAUUGCAGGUUCCUUAGAAGGGCACCUACGGUUCCUCUACAAUAUUGUCCUACCAGUUUAUGGUAAGACCUUAUGGGAACUCCUAAAGCUGGAUGCAACCACCAGUACUGACAGGAAGCAGUUCCUUCAUGCUUCAACAGCCCUUGUGUACACCAAAAACCCCAGUGGCUAUACUUUCUCUAUCCCUGUGCAAGAAUUGGCUGAUAAAUUUGUUAUUCCUGGACUGAAACUAAAUUAUCUGAACUCAGGUUUUGUCACACCUACAUUCCAAGUCCCAUUUACAGAUCUUCAGGUUCCAUCCUACCUACUUGACUUCAGUGAAAUAAAUAUCUACAAGAAGCUAAGCACCUCACCAUUUGCCCUCAAAGUACCAGCACUGCCCAAAGUGAAAUUCCCUGAAGUUGAUGUGCUAACAAAGUACUCUCAACCAGAAGACUCUUCAGUUCCAUUUUUUGAGAUAGCUGUGCCUGAAUCUGAGUUAACUAUGUCCCAGUUCACCUAUCCAAAAAGUAUUUCCAUUGGUGCUGCUGUUUUUGAUCUAAAUGAGAUGGCUGGCAAGAUCGCAGACUUUGAGUUGCCAAACAUCACCCUGCCUGAGCAGACUAUUAAGAUUCCUUCCAUGAAGUUUUCUGUACCUGCUGGAAUUUACAUCCCUUCCUUUGGAGGACUGACUGCACGUUUUGGGGUGGGCUCUCCCCUGUAUAAUGCUACUUGGAGUGCUGGUUUGAAAAACAAAGAAGAUCACAUUGAAACAUUCCUGGAUUCCACGUGCAGCUCAACCAUGCAGUUCCUGGCAUAUAACCUUAGUGUUGUGGGAACACACAAGACUGAAGAUGGCACGUUAGUCUCUAAGGCUAAAGGAACACUGACUCACCAUGACAUCAGCGCAGAAUAUAAAGAAGAUGGCAAAUACCAAGGAGGAUUUCUGGACUGGAAAGGAGAGGUUCGCCUGGACAUCACCAGCACAACCUUUACCAAUGUCCACCUACGCUACUACUCAGAUGGAAAUGAGUACUACUCAGCAGCCUUUCCAGCCAUAGGCACGGUGGCCAUGGACUUGGAAGACGAUAACAAUACCUUGAAAUACAAUCUCUACUUCAGCCCUCGGACGUCUCCAGAUAAAAAACUCAGCAUAUUCAAAACUGAGUUUAGGUUCCCUGAAUCUAAUGAGAAAUUUCAGAUGAAAGUAAACUGGGAAGAAGAGGCAGUGUCUGAACUGCUCAUCUCUCUGAAAGACAACAUGCCCAAGGCAACAGGGGCCCUUUAUGACUAUGUCAAUAAGUACCACAAGGAGUGCACAGGACUUGAUCUGAGAGAUGUUUCUUUAGAACUGAGAGAAAGUCUGCAGAACGCCACUGGGCAGGCCAUUCAAGGAGCGGUGAUUCUGAUUGAUGAGGUGGAUGAGACAUUCAAACACCUGAGGGUAGCCAGAAACGCUGUGAAAACCUAUCAGCUGUGGAGUGACAAGGCCCAGCAUCUAUACCAGGAAUUACUGGAUCAGGAAGGCCGAGUCGAUCUCCAGAGACUACAAAAUAAGGUGGUCGACAGCUUAAUAAGAGUUACUGGGGAAUACAAAAUAAUAGUCACGCGUCUGAUUGGCUCAUUCAUUGAUUACCUGAAGUUCACCAAAGUCCAGCUCCCAGGAAGAGCCAGGACAUAUACUAUAGAUGAACUCUGUACUAUGGUCAUGAAAGAAGUAGGGAAGGUACUGUCCCAGGUACAUUCAAAAAUCCACAGUGGGUUAGAAAUACUGUUUUCCUAUUUCCAAGACCUGAUGGAAAAAUCUGAAUUAAUCAAGGACCUAAAGAUUAAAUUUCCUUUUGUUUCAAAAAGUCAUAAAUUAACAAAUGUAACCCUGGAGUAUGGAAAACUGUUGAAAUAUUUAUCACAAAAUAUCCAAAAGGUAUUUAAUGACCUCCAGUCUAAGAACACUACAGAGAUGCUAGGUGAUCUUCAGAGAUAUUUACAAAAUGUUUUCCAAGACAUAGAAGGAGAAAUGAACCGCUUAAAGGAGAAGAAAUUUACUAAUCUCAUUAAUGAUAUCAGUGCAACCUUCAACAGUAAUACUCAAUAUGUUUUUAAAUUCCUGAGAGAAAAUCUAAAUCUUAACUUUGGUAAACUUAAUGAACUUAUUCAAAACAAACUUCAAGAAGCUUCUGAAGAGUUAGAGCAGAUCCACCAGUACAGAAAGGCUCUUCGCAAAGAAUAUUUUGAUUCAAGUGUGGUCAACUGGAAAAUGAAAUAUUAUGAACUUGAAGAAAAGGUAAUCAACCUGAUCAAAAAGUUAGUAGAUGUCCUUAAGGACUUCCAUUCCAAGUACAUUAUCAAUGACUCUAGCUUUACUUCCCAACUCUCAGAUGAAAUUGAGCAAUUUGUGCAGGAUAGUGUCCAGAAAUACCUUAGCUUCAUUGUCGAUGCAGAUAGAACAACGAAAGAGAAGAUUGUGGAGCUUUCCGCCAGUGCUCAGGAAACAAUUAAAAGCUGGACAGCCGCGGUGAAGAGAAUCAUUAUUGAUUACUAUGAGCAGCUCAAAUAUAAACUACAGAAUUUUUCAGACCAACACUCUGAUUACUAUGAAAAAUUCAUUGCUCAGUUCAAAAGAUUGAUUGACCUGUCCAUUCAAAACUACCAGAUGUUUCUGAGGUAUAUCACAGAGUUACUGAAAGAGCUGCAAUCGGCCAUAGUCAGCGACGUGAACCAUCACGUAAAGAUUGCUCCGGGAGAAUUUACUAUCACCUUCUAAUUUUUGUAAAGCAAUUCUCAUUUAUUCUUCUACUCCAAUUAAGCUUCCUCAUAAUAGGAAAAAAAUCCAAAGUGUAGGCAUUGGUAUAAUUAUACACGGAGCCAGUCCUGGAGCAGGCAGCUGACUACAAGCAGAAGCACAUGUGAACUGGGCGCACACUGCAGCUGGCGUCAGGUCUCUGAACUCUGGGAAACAACUUUUUUUUUUUUUGCAAGUUAAAGAAAAUCAGGAUCUGAAUUAUUUUGCUAAACUAGGGGGAGGGGAGGGAAAACAAAUAAAUGAAUUCUUUAUUGUGUAUCAUA